AUGCUCGGCGAACAAGGCUUGGAUUAUCUGGUCAACAACGCAGCUGUUCGCGACCCCAAGUUCACUGAACUUGAAGAUAUGGACUUUUUGCCUCAGGCUCUCUCUACCAAUGUGGUCGGGCUUCACGAAGUCAUCAAGUCCUUCUUGCCCCUCCUUAGGAAAGGAAAAGCUAAGAAAAUUGUCAACUUCUCCUCGACCUUGGGGCAACUGUCAACAGCUCAAACAGACUCUAAGAUGGUCGGCGUGCCAUUCCCAGCCUACAAAAUCAGCAAAGCAGGCACGCAUAUGGUCACUGCAUUGUGGUCGAACCGUCUUAAAGGGGAGGGUUUCUGUGUCUACAUUCAGAGUCCUGAAAAUUUGAAAACUGAUCUGGCAGGAAAAGAAAGAGCAGAUCUUGCACCUGAAGUUGGAGCCAAAGAAGUAAUCCGAAUCGCUUUAGAGGCUCGUCCACAGGAUACCGGGAGACAUCGAAAUAUUCUAGUGCCGGGUUGGGAGCAGGGAGGUGGUAUAGGCGGAAGAUAUGAUGCCGAAACCACCGAGACAAAGCUCAUUUCCACGCCACUUCACAUCUCAGGCGAAACAAAGACCAAAGCAUCCAUGUGGUGA